AUGAAAAGAAUUGUCAUUUUGACAGGAGCCAGUGAUGGAAUCGGAAAAGCAGCUGUUCACCAUUUAGUCAAGGCAAAUUGUCAUGUAAUUUUGGCAUGUAGAUCCAAGGAAAAAGCUGAGCUUGUCAUACAACAAGUAAGAGAGAAUUAUAAGGAUGCAUCUAUGGAAUUCGCAAAACUUGAUUUGGCAGACUUGGAAAGUGUUUCUCAAUUCUCAAAGAAUUUUCUCCAAAGAAAUAUUCCACUCCAUUCUCUAAUUUGUAAUGCUGGUGUUUGGACUGAUAAUCAGAGGAAAACAACAGUACAAGGUUGGGAAUUAACGUAUGGAACUAACCACUUGGGCCACUUUGUAUUGGUCAACUUGUUGUUGAACAAGUUGAGGGAGACCUUGUCUUCUAGAGUUUUGAUUGUCAGCUCUGGACUUCAUCCAAAAGGAAAUGUCAAACAAUUAUUGAAAGAUCCAAAUUAUGAAAGUGGCAAGUUCUCUGGAAAGACUGCUUAUUGUAAUAGUAAAUUGGCAAACGUAUUGUUCGGUUAUGGUUUGGCCAAUAGAUUGGCAGAAAUGAAUGGACAAUCAUCCAAUUCGAAUGGUAAGGUGAGUGUCAUGGUAUGGGAACCUGGUGUUGUGAGAACUAGCUUAUUUGAUGAGGCAUUUGGAUUUUUGGCAUAUCCAAUUGGUGCCUUGUUUUUCCAAAAACCUGAAAAGGCCAGUGAACCAGAAGUGCAUUAUGCUAUUGAUUUUGAACAUCCUGUUGAGGGCAUGAAGUAUUUUGCCCAGUGGAAGGAAACGGAGAGUUGUACUGAUAGUUAUAACAAAACCUAUCAGGAUGAAUUGUGGAAUAUGAGUUUGGAACAAACAAGAAAGUACCUUGACAUGUAA